AUGGCUCCCGAAGAGGGAGAGGGUAAUUGCGUGGGCUACGCCGCGCACGACGCGAGCGGGGUGCUGGCGCCGUGGAGAUUCAAUCGCAGGGAGGUGGGGCGGAGGGACGUGAAGAUCCGCAUCACUCACUGCGGCGUAUGCCACAGCGACGUGCAUUUCACCCGCAAUGACUGGGGCUACUCCCUGUACCCCAUGGUCCCCGGGCACGAGAUCGUGGGGGUGGUGGAGGAGGUGGGAGCGCAAGUGAGCAAGGUAGCAGUGGAGCAGCGGGUGGGAGUGAUGGGCAUCAUGGGGUCGUGCGGUGAGUGCGAGGCGUGCAGGCAGCACGAGGAGCAGUUCUGCUCCAAGUGCCUCUUCACCUCCAACUCGGUGGACCCUCACUCGCCGUCCGGCGAGGCCACUUACGGCGGCUACUCCUCCUUCAUCGUCUUCGUUCUCUCCAUCCCUGCUGAGCUGGCGUCUGACGUGGCAGCCCCCCUGCUGUGCGCUGGCACCACGGUCUACUCGCCCAUGAUGCACUACGGCGCCAACAAGCAGGGCAUGCGCCUGGGGUUGGCAGGGCUGGGCGGGCUGGGCCACGUGGCAGUGCAGAUGGGGCGGGCGUUUGGCAUGCACGUCACUGUGCUGAGCAUACAGGCGCACCAAGAGAGGGACGCCAGUGAGCUGUUUGGGGCUGACAGGUUCAUUCUCACCACUGAUGCAGCCGCCAUGCAGUCAGUAGCGGGCUCACUGGAUGUGGUCAUCGACACGGUGCCGGUGCAGCAUGACCUGGGGCCCUUCCUCGACCUCCUCACAUUCAACGGAAAGCUGCUCGUGCUAGGCAUUCCUGUAGCCCCCUUCACUCUCCACGCCAGCCAGCUUGUGUUUGGUAAUUACACUGCUGCUUGA